CCCCACGUCGAGCAGGAGGCGCUUAGGAAGUCGGAGGGCAUCGGGAACUGUCUUUUGGCCGCCAUCAAGGCUCUCGAGGUUUCCGUCUCCGUCUCCUUCGGCGUAUCCGGGGCUGCGUGGCCAACGCUCGGCGUGUGGUCGAUCCCGUGCAGUGCCGCGGUGACCGUGGUCUUCUUAGCGGGCUUCAGUGGCACGCAGUGGUUUCUGUCGUGGAGGAAGACCGAGGGCCUCAACGGGGCAAGAUGCUCAAUCAACCAAGAAAUGUUGGUAGCCCGACUCCUCCUAGCAGGCGGCGGUAUUCGCUGCCACAACCACAGACUGCGCGCUGCAGGCGCUCAACAGGGCCUACGAGAUGCUGGAGGGCGCGGAAGCUAAGAUAUGGGAGAGCACGAAGCGCGCGAUUCGUGAGGUCGGAACCGAGGCCUACGCAAAGGCGACGUGGCUAGCACCAACGUGGUGUCGGACACCAUGGUGUAGAAGGGCAUCAUGGUGCCGAGGCGGUGGGAGGGUGGAUCCCGAGACUUGUAUGGCUUGAUGGCCAAGGCUGGGCGAAAGGCGGCGGCAGCAUCAUCCGGGGGGCGUCGGCUAGCUGCCUACUGAUAUGUUGCCGGUGGAAAGGCCUAACGGGGAGGUGGGGGGGGUACCUUGUGCAUCCCCUAGGGAUCC